GGCCCGAAAAGGCACAGUCACAACUCUACCUUCGUGGUGUUGAAUUGGUUCUGAGCAAAAAUGAAAUUCCUGAUCGCUUUCGCCCUGGUGGCCGUGGCCAGCGCAGAUGUCUCGCAUCUGUUCUCGCACAGCAACAACCUGCAGGAGGAUGGCUACCACUACUCCGCACCCCGUGCCCCCGUCGUCAUCGAUGUGCCCUACGUGCCCCAGCAGUCUGCCCCUGUUGUGGUCUACGAGGCCCCCAAGCCCAGGCCAACUCCCCCUCGUCCCGUCUACACCCCCGCCCCCGCUGGCGUCCUAAAGGACGAUGGCUACCACUACGGUGCCCCCUCUGUUAAGUUCGAGGUUGCCGCUCCUCCACCACCAAAGGUCGAGUACCUGCCUCCCCCAACCACCAAGAAGGUGUACGUCGCUCCCCCAGUCUACGUGCCACCCCCAACCAAGAAGGUUGUGUACACCCCACCUCCACCACCACCAACCAAGAAGGUUGUGUACACCCCACCCCCACCACCACCAGCACCGAAGAAGGUCGUCUACACCCCACCCCCAACUGGCCAGCUGAAGGAUGAUGGCUAUCACUACGGUGCUCCCUCUGUCAAGUUCGAGGUCUCUGCUCCCCCACCAAAGGUCGAGUACCUGCCUCCUCCACCCACCAAGAAGGUCUACGUUGCCCCACCCCCAGUCUACGUGCCUCCCCCAACCAAGAAGGUCGUCGUCUACACCCCACCCCCACCACCACCACCGAAGAAGGUUGUGUACACCCCACCCCCAACUGGUCAGCUGAAGGACGAUGGCUACCACUACGGUGCUCCCUCCGUGAAGUUCGAGGUUAAGGCUCCCGCACCACCAAAGGUCGAGUACCUGCCACCCGCACCCACCAAGAAGGUGUACGUCGCUCCCCCAGUCUACGUGCCACCCCCAACCAAGAAGGUCUACGUUGCCCCUGCCCCAGUCUACGUGGCCCCCAAGCCAGUGUACGUCGCCCCCAAGGUCGAGUACGUCGCCCCUAAGCCAGUGUACGUGGCCCCCAAGCCAGUGUAUGUCGCCCCUAAGCCAGUCGCCCCCAAGGUCGAGUACCUGCCCCCAGCACCCGUCGUCCAGAAGGGCUACAGCUACCCCAACGAUCCCCAGCCCUCUUUCAACUUCUAGGCUCACGAAGCUCAUUGUAAAUAAUACACAGAUUAAGUAUUAGCCAUAUUUGUGAACGAAUUGUGAACGAAAGUGCUUCGGCCUUCCCGAUCGCAGGAAAGCCGAAUCCACUUCAAAUAACCGUGAAAAUAAAAGUCUUUCGAUUUUAAAAA